AUGGGAGAUCAUGCAAACGAAUAAAUUAUUGACAUGCCUGAAAAUUCAGAAAUGAAAAGCAUGAAAAAUGAUGCCUUUUCUUAAGCUAAAUUCGCAGUUGAAAAUUAUAAAUUUGAAAAUAAAAUAUCAUCUCAUAUAAAGAAAUUCUUUGAUGAGAAGUAUGGACCAAAUUGGCAUUGUGUUGUUGGUAAGCACUUCAAUGCUUAUGUAUCAUAUGAUAGCAAAAACUUUAUAUUCUUUUACGAGGGUUAAUUAGCUAUUCUUUUAUAUAGAAAAGGUUGA